AUGGCUUCACAUGCGGAUUUCGACAGCGCUCACGACCUGCUGGACCUGGACAUUGCCACGCUCCGGCAAUACGUCGAAUUCUACCCCCAGGAAGGGCUUUCCAAAGUGUUAACGGGCUAUCUAAGUAGUGGUAUCUCAAAAUUCCCCCUCACGGAGGAUGCACCCGAGGCACCCGACUUGAGCGAGGGCGGGGUCGCUCUCAAUCAGGAUGUACCUGUCACCCAAGAGGAUUGCCUCGUCAUGAUGACUGAAGGCAUAUUGCAGGCGAAGGCGUCUCCACUCGCCCAUUGCUUGCUUGGAGAUUAUUACCUCUCAUUGGAAGAAUACGAGAGUGCCGUCGAGACCACCCGAAAGGGUCUGGGACUCGCAGCAGCCGCAGCGAAGAAGACCGACUUGAACUUUCAGAGAAUUCGGGAUGCUCUAAACAGCACCCUUGCCACCGCUCUGAUUUACUAUCAGACGCCCAAGAACCACCCCGAAGCCAAGGAGAUCUUCCUCUCGAUUCUGGGGCGGAAGCCCCAGUUCACUCCGGCCCUAAUUGGCAUCGGUCUCAUUCUAGAAGAAGAAGAAGAAUAUGCUGAAGCUAUUGACUUUCUUGAAAAGGCUUUGGAGCAGGAUCCGGCGAACGGACGCAUUGGUGCAGAGGCGGCCUGGUGUCAGGCGUUGAGCGGCGAUUACAGGGUCGGCCUGGUUAGACUGGAGGACUAUCUCGAUUAUCCGCAGAUGGAUGCAUCGAAGCAACGAGGCAGAGAACUUCGAGCCCAGACCCUGUAUCGGAUCGGCGUGUGCAUGUGGGAGAUUAAUCCCUCGCCCAAAGCCCGAAAGGACCGACAUGGUGCGUAUGCAAAGUUUCUAGCUUCUAUCAAAGCCAACCCAAACUUUGCUCCGGCAUAUACGAAGCUCGGUAUAUUCUACGAAGAAUACAACAAGGACCGGAGGCGAUCAAGGCAGUGCUUCCAAAAGGCCUUCGAACUGUCCCCGUCGGAGGUUUUUGCUGCAGAAUGCCUUGCACACUCAUUCGCCAAUCAAGGAGAAUGGGACAUUGUCGAAGUCAUCGCUCAACGAGUCGUCGACUCUGGAAAGGUCCGACCAACCCCGGGUUCAAAGACGAAGAAGGCCGUAAGUUGGCCGUUCUCUGCUCUGGGUGUUGUCCAGAUGAACAAGCAGGAAUAUCAAAAGAGUAUUGUGUCUUUCCUCUCCGCACUCCGUAUUAAUCCGAACGAUUACCACUCGUACGUGGGCCUGGGUGAAAGUUAUCACAACUCUGGGCGAUACAAUUCCGCCUCACGUACAUUCAACUAUGCCGAAAACCCUACGGAUGGCGUGGUUAUGAAGAAGACUGGCGAGAGCUGGUUCACGAAAUACAUGCUCGCAAACGUCAAUCGAGAACUUGGUGAGUUCGACGAUGCUAUCAAAGGCUACGAGGACGUUCUUAGUGAGAGGCCGAGGGAGUUUGGAGUCGCUAUUGCACUUCUACAAUCACUCGUCGAGAAGUCCUGGAGAUGCAUUGAGACCGGAUUCUUUGGAGAAGCUGCCGACAGCGCAUGUCGCGCUGUGGGGGUUGCUAGCUCCAUUUCAGAAUACAAAUCCUGUGCGUUCAAUCUGUGGAAGGCUGUCGGGGAUGCCUGUGCCGUCUUUACGCAGGUGCAAGAGAAGCUCGACAGGCUUCCGUUCACAAUUGUUGAGAAACUCCUCCGUGUCGAAUUUCAAGCCGAUCAAUACGACGCGCAGAAAGAGCUUGAUGGCAUUGGAUCAUACCAACUGAAUCUCCUGGCAGCAAACCAUCACGAUGAUAUGGCUUCACAACUGGCAAGAGCUCUUCAUGCGUCAAUACUGGCUCAGAAGCGCGCCAUUGUAUCUUGUGCAAACGACGUUCAUGCUCAGGCCGUGGCUUGGUAUAAUCUAGGUUGGAUGGAGUAUCGCGCACACGUCUGCCUGGAACAAGAGCAAGGAGAUUCUAGACUGACAAUUUUCCUACGUGCUGCCAUGAAGUGUUUCAAGCGGGCGAUCGAGCUUGAAGCCGGAAACGCAGAAUUCUGGAAUUCCCUCGGUGUCGUCACGACAACCCUUAACCCCAAGGUCGCCCAGCAUGCUUUUGUCAGAUCGCUUCAUCUCAACGAGCGGAGUGUGCGAACUUGGACAAAUAUUGGGACUCUAUAUCUCCUCCAGAACGACUCAGAGUUGGCGCAUCUCGCAUUCUCUCGAGCACAAUCAACAGACCCCGAUUAUGCUUUAGCUUGGGUGGGCGAAGGCAUCAUUGCUUUGCUGUACGGAGACAGGAAUGAGGCUCUAUCUCACUUCACCCACGCGUUCGAACUCUCGGAUUCCCAGACCCUGCUUACGAAGCGGCAAUACGCGAACUCAACCUUCGACUACCUUGUCAGCGCACCCGUCGCAUCAAAUAAUAUCACGAACCUCAUCCAACCACUUUUCGCGCUCCAGCAGCUCAUGUUCCAAGCACCAUACGACAUCCCGCACAAGCAUCUUGCAGCGUUGUUCUUCGAGCGGAUAGGCAACUAUAAAGAAGCAUGCAAAGGAUUGAAAGAAGUCUGCGAGGCCGUAGAAAAAGAAUACGAAGCCGAGGAGUCCCCAGCCGCUCUCUGCAGAUUUGCCAUGGCAAAAAGCGAUCUUUCUCGGAAUCUGCUCGCAGUCAAGGAGUUCGCCGACGCCGCUGAGGAGGCGGAAACUGCACUCGAUCUCCUGUCUGAAGACGUUGAUGCCGACCCUAGUGCCUUAUCCACUAAUGAAUUGAACAGGAUCAGAUUAAGCGCGAGAUUAACAGCCGGACUAUCACACUACUAUCUGUCAGCCUUCGAGCACAGCAUUUCCUAUUUCCGAAAAUGCCUCGAAGUCGAUGCCUCAAACCCAGACGUCAUUGUCGUCUUAGCAGAAGUCCUGUGGGCAAAAGGCGGCCAGGAAGAAAAAGAAGUUGCAAGAGAACAGCUUCUUGAAGCUGUGCAGAGUAGCCCGGAACAUGUUGGGGCAGUGACGCUGCUGGGAGUUAUUGCCGCGCUAGAUGGGGAUGUGGAGACAAUGGAGGCAGUGAGGGAUGAUCUUGCGGCGAUGAGAACGACGCAGAAACAACGGCUCAGUGCGGUCGAGUUAAUGGGUGUUGAAAAACUCAUUGAUGCUAUUGCGAUUUUGCUUGGGGAUAAAGAAGAGCAGGGAAAUGAGGUCCGACGGUCAGUUAUGCUAGCGCCAUGGAAGUCGGUGGGUUGGCAAAUGCUUGCGGGAGCUACGGAAGAGGUGUUUCCGGCAAUCAUGGCUAGGGAUUUGGCGGUUAGGAGUGUGCCGCCCGGUGGAGAGCUGGAUGCGGUUGCGUUGGCGAAAGGGUAUGCCGGGACGGGGUUCGUGGAGGAUGCGGUUCGGAGUGUUAUUACGGCGCCGUGGCGGAAGGAAGGGUGGGUGGCGCUAGGGGAGGGUCUUGGAGGUUUCUGGCGGGUAUAGUUUAUGUUUGUAACCCUG